AUGGCCAUACCCGUUGCCAAACUGGGUGGUGAGCUGGUUUUGGAUGCUGAGCGGUGUGUCCGGCUGGUAUCCAAGGCCAAGGCUCCGUGUGCCUUCAACGUCGAGCUCCGCCUCGGCUGGUGCAUUGUCCCUCUUGACCAUCCGCUCGCGCCGGCCGAGGCUGAACGGUGGCCAGCAUGGUGUGCAGCUGUCGACAAUGGAUCCGCGUCAGUAGCGGUGGCUGAUGGUGAGGGAUCGGGACCAGUUCGGCUUGUCAUUGCCCUGCGUCUGGCCGCCGCAGGCUGCUGCUCGUCCAGACUCCCCCCGGAGCAGCAGCAAGUAGGGUCUGCAGGCGCCAUCCAUCCGAUCGUCCCGCUUCCAGCUGCGUCGUCAUCGCUAUCUCGCUCUGCCUCUUCAGCAGAGAACCCGAAUGAGAUGCAGGUUGUGGUGCCGCCAUCGCCGUCGCUGUACCCAUCGCCAUCGCCACCGCCAUCCCGUUCAUCCCGUUCAUCGUCGCCAUCGCCGCCGUCCCCGUCACCGAUCUUGCCCCUCUCUGUCAACGAGGGUGAAGUCGGCGACGCAGGCGCAGCUCCUCUUGUUGAUCUUGCCCCGUGGCCAUCUGUACCAUCUGGAAUGGCCGAGGUACACUGGCUGCAUCCGAUGCUCUUCCUGACGUUUGUCACCCGGUCGCCGGCGGUACUCUACGUUCUGGGCGUGGCGGACGGCUCGACUCGCCAACUGGAUCUUCCGGACAUGCCGCUCAAGGUGGUGGCAGCGGCACAUGCUCCGGUCAUGGUUGUACAUCUUGCGUCUGAUGUUGUUCUUGUCGUUGCCGUAGUUCAUGGUACGCCGCGCCGGGUCCUCGCAGAUGUGCCGAUGCGGGCAGCUGAUUCGAGCUGUGUCCUGGCUUCCGAUGGGCGACUUGCUGCUGUGUGGUACACCCCAAGUACUGCUGCUUCCCAUCUUGCGGUAUAUGCAGUCGAGAAUGGCGAGUGUCUCGCUCGGUUGGACGCCGAGGGCUGGUCCCGUGAACUGCCGUGGUGCGUGUCCCCGCUGCUGGUGGCGAAUGUGGGUGACGUUCAUCUGGCUGACGAUGUUGCCUGGCUUGUGCUUCAUCGUGCCGAUGGCUCGCUUGUGGCAGUCGACAUUGUCACUCGCCGCGUGAUCGAGCUGGUCAGCAACAGUGUUGCCUGUGUUGAUCUGGCCGCAUUUGCAAAUGGCGGUGUCCACGUUGUCUGGGCCGAGACAAGCGGGCGGCUUGCCGUCGCUCGGGUCGCGUCCGAUGUGAUGGCUGCGUCUGUGUGCUCAACUGUGCUGGACAACUUUGACGCUUCUGUUCCGGGUGCGAGUCUUUCGUUGCACCGACUCUGCGACGAUGGUUCAAGCUACUACGUUCUAGCUGCCAAUGCGGCGAUGGCUGUGGUCUGCGUCUACGAGGCUGCGCCCGAGCCGACUCUCCGCAUCCUGCAGCUUUGCUCGCCUGCUGCUUCUCUAGGUCCAUGGACUUGGACAAUGACCUGGUUGAGCGAGACACGAAUGAUCCGUGUCAGCGCGGUCGGCCGUGUCUCCGGUCGGAUCUGGGAGGUUGCCAGCGCCUUGGCGUUGGCGCGGCCGCGUGUGCUCGGCUGGCGCACGCCGGUCGGCUCCAGCCUUCUUGCUGUCGCGGCCGUCAAGAACAGGAUUUCUGUCGCCGUUCAAGAACCGGAGCCAAGAGCGCAAUCUAACACCCUCGGUGGCGGUCUCCUUGUCUUUGAACCUGUCAUAGUUGACGCGUUGCAUCUGUCGGGCCAGAGCCGUGCCAUUGCCUCUACGGCUCUUGUGGCACCCGUCAACAGGUCAGGCCGGGUGGCUCUGGCUCCGAUCAAUGCCAAGUGGCACCCGCUGGCUGCUGAGCGGGCUAAGUUGUGGCUGGGGGUGUUUGAUGAUGUAGUUGCGCUGUUUGCGCAUCCGCCGCUGCCCGGUGCCCGUGUUGUUGUUGAGGAGCGGAUCGGAACCUGGCGCCAUGGCUUGCUACAGGCCUUUGAACUGGACGUGCUUCCAGACGAGUCGGUCGCUGCAUGUACGAUGGGUGUGAUAUGGACUGCGCCUGGCUGUGGGCUCAAUGUUGCACCGGUGCCCGAAGGCCGCCUGCUCCUCCGUCCGCGGGUCAUCGACCCGUCGACCAUUGUCACUCUCGAUCUUGCGCACGCUGCUGUGGUGCUGUACACCGUGGAAGCUGGCACUCUCAGUCGCCGUGCCGUAAUCUCCUUGGAUGUCACCAUGGCUGAUGGCAUCAUCUGCGGACGCAUGCGCGAUGACGAGCUGCUUGUGACUGUGUGCCACCGCAGCGGCCCUCUUGUAUUCUCGCUCGAUGUGGCUCAUGCCCGCCAGAUGCGGUUGCAGUUCCUAAGACUUCUGUCUGGUAUGGCUAUCGGGUCCAUCUUUGUUCCCUACGAGCCAACGAGCGGUGUGCCUGUUGGCCUGGGCCCAGCGCUUGCGGCAGCGAACGAGCUGUUGCCGGCGAUUCCGAGUGUGCGGCGCGUGAGUGCCGUUUACAAUGUCCUUGCCGUCGAAUCAACUGGCGAGUGGGCGUGUGUGUGGACCCGUGACGCCGUGGCUGUGUAUGCACUCGGAUCGAGCUCGGGUCUCGUCUUUCCGUGUGGCAUGUGGACGGGCCAGGUGCUGGCGGGCGGGGUGGACGAAGCUGUCGAGGCACCGCGAUUCUCUGUCUCGAUCGCAGUCGGAAAGGCAGCCACUGGAUUUGUCCUGCAACAACUCGGUGUGGCGACAACGAUCCUGGUGUGGACAGGCGAUCAGCUGUCUGUUGGGCACGAGCUCGCUGGCUCGCGGGUCCGGGUGUAUGCCGCUGGCCACGACGAUGGGCGGCUGUGGAUGACCGCGCUUGAUUUGAGGAGUGACAGCAAUCCUGCCGUCAUCGAGUCGCGGCCGCUGGUUGGAAGCCGCAACGUCAAGGUUGUCUGCUCCCUUGAAACUGGCCGUGUUCUUGCCGGUGAAGCAGUGUGCGCCCGAGCCGACGGAUGCGGGUGCGUCGUGGCCACCGGCGCCGACGAUGCCGAGACUGGCAGUCUUGUUCUGUCUUGGAUUGAUCCAGUGUGGAUGGGCAUCGGUCGGGCUAUAGGCUCAAGCCGAUUGACGCCCGGGAUGUGCGAGUCGGUUGACUAUGUGCGCGUCGUCAGCCUCGCUGCCGGGGCGGGGAGCAAGCCGCCGGUGGCGCUGAUCGAAGCCGAUCCGUGCGUGGUCGUGCCAAUGGGCGGUACGGCCUCGGCGCUAGCUGGUCUCGGGCCGGCCGAUCUCGCGCUUCUUACUCCUUCUGGCGAUACCGUGCCCAUGCUCAUCUCGUCGCUCCUGGACCACGUGACCGAAGUCCAUCCGAAUGUCAAGGUGGUGACCAAGACGGUGGAAGGGCCCACGGUGGAACAUACCUGGGCGGAGAUCGGUCAUCGGAGCAAGGCCCUCGCCAAUGUGCUUCGUCAUGAGCUGGGCCUAGGUGGCUCUGAUGUGGCCGGCACCCUGGCGUGGAACACUCAUCGCCAUCUCGAGCUGUACAUGGCGGUCUCGGGCUCGGGGCUCAUUAACCACACCCUCAACCCGCGUUUGCAUCCGGAUCAGGUGGCGUACAUCAUGAACCACGCCGAGGACAAGGCUCUGUUUGUCGACUCGACCUUCCUCCCGCUCGUCGCUGCCGUCGCCGACCGGCUCCCGUCGUCGCUCAAGGCCGUUGUCGCCCUCACCGAUGUCGAUCACAUGCCGGCGCCAGACUCGGAUGUGGUCCGCGCACUUGGCGAUGUGCCGCUUCUCUGCUACGAGGACAUGGUCGGUGCAGCGUCGACCGAGUUUGAAUGGCCGGUCUUUGACGAACGCCGGGCGGCGGCGCUGUGCUACACCUCGGGGACGACAGGUAACCCCAAGGGCGUGCUGUACUCGCAUCGGUCGACCAUGCUGCAUGCGUACGGUGCGUGUGCAGCCGACUCGCUGGCGCUGUCAUCUCGCGACACGGCGAUGCUCAUUGUCCCGCUCUUCCACGUCAACGCGUGGGGCAUCCCGUACGCGGCGCAGAUGUGCGGCUCGUCGCUGGUGCUGCCGGGGCCCAACCUCGACGGCCAGUCGGUCUUUGAACUCAUGCGCGACUACAAGGUCAACGUUUCGUUCGGCGUUCCGUCGGUGUGGACCAUGUUCUUCCAGUACCUGGCCGAGCAUCCGGAGAUUGCGCCUGCCGAGGCGCUCGAGCUGAAGCGGGUCAUCAUCGGCGGCUCGGCAGCGCCUCGAGCCAUGAUUGAGGCCUUCCGCGACCAACUGGACACGUUUGUGGUUCAUGCGUGGGGCAUGACCGAGACCUCGCCGCUGGGCGUCAUCUCCAACCCGCUGCCCAAGCACGACGACCUGUCGCCUGACGAGAUGCUCGACCAGGUCCAGUCCAAGCAGGGCCGGCGGAUGUUCGGCAUCGACGUCAAGGUAACCGACGAAAACGACGAGCAGGUGCCGCAUGACGGCAAGACGCCCGGUAUGAUCAAGGUCCGUGGUCCGUGGGUGGCGUCGGCGUACUACAAGCGCGAUGGCGAGGAUGCCGACACCUUUGCCGCCGACGGGUGGAUGACCACCGGCGACGUGGCGACGAUGAACGAGGACGGAUAUGUCAACAUCACCGACCGCAUGAAGGACAUGAUCAAUGGUGCGUCGCUCGUCAAGUCGGGCGGCGAGUGGAUCUCGUCCAUCGAGCUGGAGAACGCUGCCAUGGGCCAUCCGGAUGUGUCCGAGGUGGCCGUCAUCGGCGUCAAGCACUCCAAGUGGGAAGAGCGCCCGCUCAUGGUCGCCAUCCGCUCGCCGGCUGCCGUCAAGGCUGGCAAGUCGGACGAGGAGAUCAAGGCCAACAUCGCCAAGCAUAUGACGACCAAGGUCGCCAAGUGGCAGAUCCCGGACGACGUUGUCUUUGUUGACGCUCUGCCCUACACCGCAACCGGCAAGGUCCUCAAGCGCCAGCUCCGCGACGACCUCGGCGACUACAUCCUCCCCACCGACCCCGAGCAUCCCGACUACAACUCGUCCAACUAG